CCCAGCACAAGACUCGAGCAAUUUUCCUUUCGCCCUCCUUGUCGCCAUAAGGAGGUCAUGACCGGCUACGCGCCGCCGCCAGAGACGCCGCCCCCGAAGAAGGGAGGCAUCGACUACUCCAAGUUCGACAAGAUUGAGGACUCCGACGACGAAAAGCCGGAGAAGCCUUCAGAGAAGCCUCCAGCCGCAGAGGAGAAGCCUCAUUGCCACAACUGCCACAAGGACAUCCAGAAGCCGCUGCGCUGCGGGGUUUGCAAGAAGGUGUCUUACUGCUCAGCGGCGUGCCAGAAGGACGACUGGUCCUUCCACAAACGAAACUGCAAGAAGCCGGAGGAGAAGGCGAAGGCUGCGCCCAAAAAGCCAGCCAAAUCGCCCGAGAAUGAGAAGGAGAAGGAGAAGCGGCAGAAAGAGGAGAAGGUCAUGGACGACGAGGACGUGGGCACCUGGUAUCGGCACCGCGAGUGGAAGCCCACGGCGGAGCCCAAGAAGGACUUCGCCCCCACGCGCCUGGAGGCCGAGGCCUCUGCUUCCUCGAAGCCUGCGGCAGCGGGCUCUGCGUGGAAUGCUGCGGGCACUUGGGAGGAGAAGGACGUCACGGACUUCGCGAAGAACGGCCUGGCAGAAGCUCUGCGAAGCUUCCAGGACGUGGAGGCCGCCGGUGGGGUGCUGUGCAUCAAGGACGUGGAGAAGGUCGAGGGCGAGGCGUCCAAGCCGGUGAUCCGUGGCAAGAUGCGACACAUUUUCGACCUGAACUUCAAGGUCCAGUUCGAGUUCAAGUGGAUGGAUUCCUCAGGCCAGAAGCAGGCGCAGGGCAACAUCUCCAUCAGCGACUUCACCAACGACACCUUUGCUGAAGGUGUCCUGGCGGAGCCUGCGGUGGAUCUCAGCUUUCGAGAGGCAAGGCUGGAGCCCAGCCGGCGCCAAGCGGUGCAGGCGGCGCUCGGAACCAGCUGGCCGCCGGCCGAGAAGACGCUGAUGGCCCAGGUGGCUGAGAAGAUGAAGUCCUGGAGCCAAGACUUCGAGAAAGCCACUUGAGGAUCCAGAAUGCGGACCGAAAGGAAUUCAGAGCGGGCGAUGGAUCACUCCUCUUAGCCACGAACGAAACC